CGCGGAGACCGCAGGUCUGUACAGCACUGUACCAGCUACUCAGCCAGGCAGCGGCCAGCCUCCAGCCAACCAGAAGACGACGCUGCUGAGUGCUGACCGCCUACGAACUAGCGGCGACCGUGCUCUGCCGGCUGCUUCUAGCGGUAGGCCCGCCACAGGCCUAGCCUGAAUGCAGGUCGGCUGCAGCAUUCCGCCCGUCUGCUGCACUGCCGCACCUACAAGUCGUAUAAAUCCCCCAAUUUCCGUCACUGGUCAACAAGUGUUUUGCUAUUGAAGCAUGUCCUCAGAUUAUAUAUACAUCGUUAGCUCAAAGUUGGUUGUAGAUACGAUUUACCCCAGAAUCUGUAGAGAAGAAGCUCCACAAGACCACAACUGUCUCUACACGGAGUUUUCAAUCCAUGGAGGUUUUGACUGACUUCUAGUAACAUGUAAUGACUAUGUCUGGCUCAAUAUCUCGAAUCAGGAGACUUUUCAUUCUAUUUCCUGUCAAGCCACUUUAUCCCUCAUCUCCUAUCCCCUGGUCAAUUUCAAGAUACUCAAAGCCAAUUGCAGAUCUGUCAUCAAUGUCGGGAUAUAGAAAUCCAUUUAUUCCUCUAAAUAUUUGGUGGGGGCAAAGAAACUUUAGUCAUGGGACUGUGAAUUUUGUGAUAUCUCCGGAUGGGAAGCCGAGGUUUGAAACUCUUGAAACAGACCCCCCUAAGAAGGAAAAAUGGGUAACAAAGAAACGGCUGAAAGAGAAGAGGAAGAGAGAGAAAAAGAAGAGGAAAGCGGCAAAUAAGAGAGAUCCCCGAAGGCUGGGAGUCAAGGGAAAGAAGAAGCAGAAGUUUGCUACCGCUGAAGAAAGAAUUAAGAACAAGAUUGAAAAUGCAAAGGUUAAAGAAGCAAUGCUAGUUGAGAGAUUAAAGCGUUGUGAGGUUUCCAAAGUUCAAGGUCCUGAAGUCAUGCCACACAACCUCACCGGGGAAGAAAGAUUUUAUAUCAAAAGAAUGGCCCAAAAAAAGUCAAAUUAUGUUCCGAUUGGUAGAAGGGGUGUGUUUGGAGGUGUUAUUCUUAAUAUGCAUCUCCAUUGGAAAAAACAUGAAACUGUUAAGGUCUAUUGCAAGCCUUGUAAACCUGGUCAAAUAAAAGAGUAUGCUGAUGAGAUUGCCAGAUUGAGUGGUGGGAUCCCGAUUCAGAUAAUUGGUGAUGAUACCAUAGUUUUCUAUAGAGGUAAAGAUUAUGUGCAACCAGAAGUGAUGUCACCAAUUGAUACAUUGUCCAAGAAGAAGGCAUUGGAAAAAUCCAAGUAUGAGCAAUCACUUGAGUCUGUAAGGCGCUUUAUUGCCAUUGCUGAGAAGGAACUUGAACUCUAUUACAGACAUGUAGCUCUUUAUGGUGAUCCCAGUGACCGUAACCCUCAUUCCAUCCUUAAUAGCUCUACAAGAAAAGAAGGGAGAGAGAAGCUCAAGGAGAUACCGGAGGGUUCUUUAAUGGAAAAAGAAGAAUUUUAUGAAUCUGAAGUAGAAGCAGAUUGCUCUGGUCAGGAGUUAUCAGAAUACGAAGAUGGAUCAGAGACAGAAACAGAUAAUUCUAACCAACAGCUGUCAGAUUAUGAUGAUUGUUCGGACAAAGACCAGUUGGCAAGUGAAGCAGAAUCUGUGGGUGAGGAGAGGAUGCAUAUAGCUUGUGAUUUGAACCAGAUGGUGAACCCGCUUGGUCCAUAGCAGUAGCUUGAUGAUGUUUUUCUACACCUUUCAUGAUCGAGCCAUGACCAACUUUUUCAUGCUUUCUGAUUUCUUCAUCAAUAUGCAGAUCUUCAUCAAUGGUCAGAAAAGUAGUUUGUGUGCCAUGUGGACCUGGGACGAUCGCUUCAUGAACUUUUAUAUGCUCAUCCAGCUUUACAACAUCACUUUCUUUAAACAUUCUUUUCUUUCUCUUUUUGAUGAAGCAACAUAGUGCCACAGAGAGAAAUGCAAGAAAGAACAGACCACCAAGUGAGACAAAUAUAAUGAUGACAUGGGAAUGAUGUCCCGGUGGCGGUGGAGGAAUAUAUGGGUGUGGCGGGGGCUUAUUGGCUGGUGGCGGUGGCGGUGGAAGAGUAUGUGGUGGAGGCGGCGGCUUGACAACAGGUGAUGGAGGUGAAAUUAAAGGACUUGGUUGCCUUGGUGCCGGAGGUGGUGGUGGUUUAGGGUGAGGUGGUGCUACCUUUGGUGGGGGUGGGGGAGGGGGAGGUUUGAUGGGUGGGCUUGGCGGUACCAUUCUUGGAGGAGGGGUGUUAUGCUGAUGUGGUGGUGCCACUUUUGGUGAGAAUGGUGGGACUUGUGGCGGAGAUGGAAAACCAUAAGGGGUUCCUGGAGAGUAAAAUGGGAAGAUAUUUUGGAUACCAGCCAUUUCUUGUGUAAUUAGUUAAACUAGUUAGAAUAUCCCCUUACUGUGUGCUCAUCUCUAUUGUCUGAGUGAGUUUUUAUAUUGGUGGUUUUUGUGUUAUUUAUACUUUUAAGUUUCCUAUUACUUGACUGUUAUGUAAAGGCUUUUCUUCGAUGGGGCUGUCUUUGAUUGCACUGAAAUUCACUCUUUUUAAUUGCUCCCAAUUGAGAUUAGAUAUUUUAGAAACCC